CCAGGUGUAUCAUUAAAAUCAGUCCAGCAAACCAAUAGCAAGAUGUACACGAAACUCGCCCUCGUCGGUCUCUUUGUUGUCGUAGUGGUUGCUUCUCCUACUCCCGGGGGUCACGGCGGCCAUCAUAAGCACGUAAAAAUCCACGUACCUUACAAGGUCCACACUAUUCACCACCACCACGUCUCUAAGGUGCCAUAUCCGGUCCAUGUACCGGUUGUCAAAGAGGUACAGGUAGUAAAAGAAGUGCCAAUAGUGAAGCACGUGCCAGUACCAGUGGUGAAACACGUGCCAGUGCCAGUGAUCAAGAAAGUGGAGGUGGAGAAGAAGGUGUACGUGCCAGUACAUCAUCAUGAGCACCACGUUCAGGAGGAACACGGAUGGGAAGGCGAGUCUCUGUCGCACGGCUGGAACUGAUUAUUUCGUUGCGAAAAAUUUAGAUUAAGAUAUAAAUAAGUACAAACAACAUUGAAGAUGAUAGUAGUCGACGUUCAGUCAUCAGUUCAUCAUCACCGCAGUCAUCUAAUCAUCGUGAAAAAAAAGUUACCACGACCAUUGUUGUUGAACCUG